AAGUCUCUCUUUCUCUUUUUUCUCUUUUCUCUUCGAUCUCAAUUAUUUCUACCUUCUUCUUGUUCUUGUUCUUGUUCUUGUUCUUCUUCUUCUUCUUCCCUCCCUCCAAAAUCGCGUGCAUCUCUGCACAAUUUUCAUCCCAACAAUAAUCUUCUAUCUCUUUCUACCAUACUAUGUAAAUUAUAUAUUGCUAAUUCAUUUAUUAUUCUUUUAUUAAGAUCUAGGGUUCCGUGCUCAAUCUCCACCUCCAAAUCUCAACCGCAUUUCUUUUAUCCAGCUUCGAUUUGUGUGCAUUGAAAUUCACCCUGUCCUAGUGUUAGAAAAAAGAGAAAAGGAAUUUUGUAUUUAUCAAAUUCAAGAUUGAUUUUUGAGUUUUGUGCUUUUUUGUGAUUUGGUAUUUGAAUGAGAGAUUGGUUUAGAUGAGCAUGGAGGUCGUUACUGAUGCGGCGUCGUUGGACGUCGAAUUGUUGCAGCUACCUGAGUUUUCCACUUUGUCCCUCAAAGCUAAUCUCAAUUUUGUUGAGAAGCUUUUCGAACAGUGGUUGUCUCUUCCUGAAAGUAAUCGAUUGGUAACAUCGUUGCUCAAUGACGCUAAGUCAGGUGCUCCUUUGAAUGUUCCCGGGAAUUGCUCUAGCCCAAAUGCUGCAACUAAUUCUUUGCCUUCCAUGUUUCCUGCUGGAACCGCUCCACCUCUUUCACCAAGAAGUUCAUCCGGUUCCCCUCGCAUUGUGAAACAGAGAGCUGGCCCUUCUAAUCUGGGUUCUCCUUUGAAAGUUGUCAGUGAGCCAAUUAAAGAAGUGAUACCUCAGUUUUUCUUUCAACACGGACGGCCACCUCCAAAUGAUCUAAAAGAACAAUGCUUGUUUAGAACUGAUCAGUUAUUUCAUGAUCACUCGGAUGGACUACAGGUGCAUGAAUUCAAAUCAAUUACUAAGGAAGUAUGCAAGCUGCCAUCCUUUUUUUCAACUUCUCUUUUCAGAAAAAUUGACAACGGAGCCGGUGUUGUGACAAGGGAAGCAUUUAUUGAUUAUUGGAUUAAUGGCAACCUGUUGACAAUGGAUUUAGCUACUCAAAUAUUCACAAUUUUAAAGCAACCACAGCUGAAUUACCUAACUCAGGAUGAUUUUAAACCUGUCCUACGUGAGCUUUUAGCUAGUCAUCCGGGCCUGGAGUUUCUGCAGAGCACGCCUGAGUUUCAAGAAAGAUAUGCUGAAACUGUAGUGUACAGAAUCUAUUAUUACAUUAAUAGAACCGGAAAUGGUCGUAUGACUCUGAGGGAGCUUAAGCGUGGAAAUAUAAUUGAUGCAAUGCAACAUGCUGAUGAAGAGGAAGAUAUCAAUAAGGUCUUGAGGUACUUUUCGUAUGAGCAUUUUUAUGUUAUCUACUGCAAGUUUUGGGAGCUGGAUACAGAUCAUGAUUUCUUGAUAGACAAAGAGAAUCUUAUCAGAUAUGGUAACCACGCACUUACCUAUCGAAUUGUUGACAGAAUAUUUUCUCAGGUCCCGAGAAAGUUUACCAGUAAGGUUGAGGGAAAGAUGGGAUAUGAAGAUUUUGUUUACUUCAUACUGUCAGAGGAGGACAAAUCAUCUGAACCAAGUCUUGAAUAUUGGUUCAAGUGCAUAGAUUUGGAUGCAAAUGGGGUUCUGACAAGGAAUGAACUGCAAUUUUUUUAUGAGGAGCAAUUGCAUCGGAUGGAGUGCAUGGCCCAAGAGCCUGUGCUUUUUGAGGAUAUCUUGUGCCAGAUAAUUGACAUGAUUGGACCAGAGGAUGAUAGCUAUGUAACUCUGCGUGACCUGAAAGGUAGUAAACUCUCGGGAAGUGUUUUCAACAUCCUGUUUAAUCUCAACAAAUUCAUGGCAUUUGAAACUCGUGACCCAUUUUUGAUUCGUCAGGAACGUGAGAAUCCAACAUUGACAGAGUGGGAUCGAUUUGCUCAUAGAGAAUAUAUUAGGCUUUCAAUGGAAGAAGAUGUAGAAGAUGUCUCUAAUGGAAGUGCAGAAGUCUGGGAUGAAUCACUAGAGGCUCCCUUUUGAAAUAAUUGAUGGUUCAAAAGAGAUUAGUGCCCCAUGAUCGACAGACUGACCUUUGUUCAGGUAGGACACAGGAUCAGCUUUUAAGUUGGAUCAUACCAGCUUUGCUUCUAAUAAUGGAAAAUUCCAAGCUUCACUGUGGAAUGUGUUUUCGAUGGGCGGCCUCUCAGAAUAUUCAGAUUUGCUGGUAGUGACAUAUAGUGAUCAUGGAAGUUUUGUUGCCUUGUACCAAUAUCCAUGCAAAGUAAGGAGGUUUGCUCAGAAGUGAAUUAGCAGAAUGAAUUAUAGACAUCAUUGAGUAUAUUGCUAUUUAGGGGCAUCUAAGUUGUUAAGAAACUUAUUAAAUAGAAAGAUUUUCUAACGUUUCAAUCUUUAGUGGUUUGCUUCGAUGAUCAAGUCCCGGUUGUCCCGGAUCUGUCAGAGUACAUUAGUUUUUCAUCUGUGCAUUUGGUUGUUGUCUUUCAAUGAAUUUUUUUGCUAGGAAUUCAAGAAUUUAGAGAAUAAUGCUAGACAAAUAAAAUGUCACUUCUUCCUUUUUUGAUAAAUUAUCUUUCAAGAGUUAUGCAGGAUUAA